AUGUAUGUUAAGAUCGAGACAUCAAGAUUAGAUUAUUUCCGUAGCAAACAACAACAUAUUCGAUCUGAGUUAUAUCAAGGUAUUGUUGAUACCAUUACACUUGGGGAAACUGAUGCUUCUAAUGUUGGAAAACGGAUUAUUCUGCCUUCGUCAUUUAUUGGGGGUCCAAGAGAUAUGCGAAAAAGAUAUAUGGAAGCAAUGGCUUUAGUUCAGCGUUAUGGUAAACCAGACAUUUUUUUAACAAUGACAUGCAAUCCAAACUGGCAAGAAAUUUCAAAUGAAUUACGCCUGCAUAAGGAGAGUCAAAAUCGGCCUGAUUUGGUUGCUCGGGUCUUUCGUGCAAAAUUAGAAGAAUUAAAGGAUCGAUUAUUCAAGCAGCAGAUAUUUGGAAAAGUCUUGGCAUAUGUUUAUGUUAUUGAGCACCAAAAAAGAAGGCUUCCACAUGCGCAUUUUUUAAUUAUAUUACAGAGGAAUUGGAAACUCUAUGCACCUGAAUCUUUUGAUGAGAUUGUAUCGGCAAAAAUACCUGAUAAAAAUACAAAUUUGCACUUGCAUAAUGCUGUUAUCAAGCAUAUGAUGCAUGGACCAUGUGGAGUGUUGAAUCCAACAAAUGUUUGUAUGAAAAAAAAUGGUUGUUGCAAAAGCCAAUAUCCAAAAAGUUAUGCAUCAGGUACUAUUGUUGGAAAUGAUUGCUUUCCAAUAUAUAAGCGUUCUGACAAUGGAAUAACUGUCAAACUGAGAGGCCAUAAUUUGGAUAACCGUUGGGUCGUUCCAUAUAAUCCAUAUUUGCUUGCAACAUUUGACUGUCACAUUAAUGUGGAGAUUUUUUCUACGAUAAAAGCAGUCAAAUAUCUUUAUAAGUACGUUUACAAAGGGCAUGAUCGUGUUGCUUUCAAUUUGGUUUCCCAACAAACCAAUCAACAAAUUGACAAAAUCCAACAAUUCCAAUCGGCCCGAUGGAUUGCUCCACCUGAAGCUAUGUGGAGAAUAUACGGCUUCAUUGUUAAUGAAAUGUAUCCAUCAGUAUAUAGCUUACAUUUACAUCUUGAGGAUAAACACCAAGUAACUUUUCGAGCAAAUGAAGACUUAAUCAAUGUUCUCAACUCUGAUCGAUCUGCAAAAUCAAUGUUAACAGAAUUCUUUGCAUUAAACCAAAUAUUGCUAAAUCAUGUAAGAGGACCUUUGUCGUUUGAAGAUCUUAGGACAGUUGAUGGCGUCGUGGCUCCAACAUUUCGUGAGGCAGCAACUAUGCAUGGUUUGCUACAAAGAGACAGUAGCUUACAAGAUUGUUUACAUGAAGCAUCUCUAUAUCAAAUGCCGUCCAGUUUGAGACGACUAUUUGCAACUAUUUUGGUUUAUUGUAAUCCAACCAAUCCGAGAGAGCUUUGGGAACGUUUUGAGCAAGAUAUGUCAGUUGAUUUUAGGUCGACUGAAGAUUCUAUGUCGGAUGUAAGAAUGCAAGUUUUGCGCUCAAUCUCUUUUACACUUGAAUCAAUGGGGAAAGACAUUAAUUCGUUCUAUCUUCUUGAUGACAACAUUUGUUUUGGUGAAGACCAACUCGAAUCUAGGGAAAUCGAUGAUGAAUUGGCUGUUGAAAUUCCAGAAGAAGAUAUUGUUGCAUCAGAAACCCUUAAUAGUAAAUAA